GAGGGAGAGAGAAUGAGAGAAAGAGAGAGAGAGAGGCAACAGCGCAGAUGAGCCCCAAUGAGCAGCCAGGUCCUCUUUCAAACACACACACACACACACGUUGACACACACUACGCUCCACAUCCCACACACACACACACACAAAUGCCAGGACACUCGUGCAAUCCAAUAACGAGAGCACCAUCAGUUCGAGCUGCCUGCCGCUGCCGGUGGCAGCCCUCACCGCCUCUCAGAGACACAAAGCUGGGAGCCCGCUGGGAGAGGAGCUCCUGCUGCCUUCAUAACAUAAAGGAGGAGAGAGGGGAGAGCUGGAGACUUUGUUUUAGGACGCGGUAGAUAAUUCAGCGGCAGCGCUGGGAAGAGAAGAGGCAGAGGGGAAGGAAGGUGAGUGAAUGCAGUCCAGCCCAGCUGCUGUUGCUGCUGCUGUCUUCGCUGCUGGGGGAGGAGGAGGAAAAGGAGGAGGAGGAGGAAGCUCAGAGUCUGGAGAGGCUGGAGGAGCAGAAUUAUCCUGCACAGAUCCAGCCAGAGCAGACGGCCAGCAGUGAUCCAAGCACCUACAGGCUUGCAGAUGUGGAAGGAGCGCUGUGCGAGUUCUUGUCCUGGGUGUCUGGCCCAGUGAUUCAACCCCAGACAGGAGGAGGAGGAAGCUGCGGAAAGGACGGCCAUGGGGGUGAGUCUGGGCCCAGAUGUAGGCUGGCUCCUGCCUUUCCUGUUCUUGCUACUGAUGAUCAUGCUGUCACCUGCUCAGAGCCAAGGAUGUCCCCAACGUUGUGAGUGCAUUCCAAAGCUCAAGACUGUGUCCUGUUACGGUAAACGCCUGUCUGCUCUGCCAGACGGCAUCCCACUGGACACCAAGAUCCUGGAUCUAAGUGGGAAUAAACUUCGCUGGGUCGAGCAUGGUGACUUGCUUCCAUAUCCGCGUCUUGAAAAGCUGGACCUGAGUGAGAACAUGAUUAGCGUCUUGGAACCAAAUGCUUUUUCUAGCCUCCAGAACUUGCAGUUGCUUUCACUGAGGGGUAAUCAGUUGAAACUAGUCCCCAUGGGGGCUUUCUCACGUCUCUCCAACCUAACUUCACUGGACCUCAGUGGGAAUAAGAUUGUGAUUCUUUUGGACUUUACUUUCCAAGACCUUAAAAGUCUAAAAAACCUGGAAGUCGGAGACAAUGAUCUGGUUUAUAUCUCCAACAAGGCCUUCCUGGGUUUAGUGGGGCUGAGGGAGCUGACCAUUGAGAGAUGCAACCUGACUUCUGUGUCCAGCCAAUCUUUGUCUUACCUGCAUAACCUGGUGACUCUGCGGCUCCGCUACCUCAGCAUCUCUGCCCUAGAGGACCAGAACUUCCGGAAGCUGGGAAACCUGAGGGGGCUCGAGAUCGAUCACUGGCCCUUUUUGGAGUACAUUUCCCCUCAUAGCCUGCAGGGUCUUAACUUGUCAUGGCUGUCUAUUACGCACACCAACAUCACCUCUGUGCCGACCUCCGCCCUGCGCAGUCUGGCUCACCUCACCAGCCUCAACCUCUCCUACAACCCCAUCUCUGUGUUAGAGUCCUGGGCGCUGCGGGACCUUGUUAGGCUGAAGGAGCUGCAUCUGGUCAACACUAACUUGGCAGUAGUGCAGCCAUAUGCGUUGGGUGGUCUACGGCAAAUCCGCCUUCUUAACUUCUCCACUAACAACCUGGUGACCCUGGAGGAGGGAGCCUUUCAAUCUGUCAACACUCUGGAGACGCUGCGUUUGGAUGGAAACCCUCUGGCCUGCGACUGCCGCUUGCUCUGGAUCCUUCAGCGCAGGAAGACCCUCAAUUUUGACGGUGCCUCCCCAGUGUGUAUGAUGCCUGUUGAGGUGCAAGGGCGGGCUCUUAACGCUUUCUCUGACUCAGCUCUCUUUGACCACUUCACUUGCCAGAAGCCCAAAAUCCGCAACAGGAAACUGCAGCAGAUAUCUGCCCGUGAGGGGCAGGUCGUGUCAUUCAUUUGCAGAGCAGAGGGUGAACCAACGCCAGUGAUAUUCUGGAUCUCUCCUCAGCGCCGCCGCAUCACCACAAAGAGCAGCGGCCGCUUAACUGUUCUACCAGAAGGCACACUAGAAAUACGAUAUGCCCAGGUAACAGAUAGUGGAACUUACAUCUGUAUAGCCAGCAAUGCUGGUGGAAAUGACACCUAUUUUGCCACACUUACAGUUAGUGGGCUGCCGCUAGAUGCAGCCCUCAUGGCCAACCGUACUUACUAUGCUGGGGACCUUAAUGACACAAAUCUAAAUGAUACUAGAGUCUUCUUGAAGUUUACUCUGGACCUCAAGACCAUCCUCAUAUCCACAGCUAUGGGCUGCAUCAUGUUCCUGGGUGUAGUCCUGUUCUGUUUCAUUCUGCUGUUUGUGUGGAGUCGAGGGCGAGGGCAGCACAAGAACAAUUUCUCAGUGGAAUAUUCCUUCAGAAAAGUGGAUGGACCCGCUGCCAGCGGAGGACAGGGUGGGGCACGCAAGUUCAACAUGAAAAUGAUUUGACUACUUUGGUCUGUUUUUCAUAUUCUUAGUAUUUUUUCCCUGAUACUGUUUACAAGCAGUCUCAAGUAAGGACGUAACAACAUUAGAAUGGGCAUCUGUGCUCGCAAGACAUUAGAAUCUGUUAUUUAUAGGACAUUUUACUGAGUCAAGGUUUUGUUAUUGAAGCAUGACUCGAUGUAUGGGAAAAAGGUGUGGAUUUGAUAUUCUGUAUUUCUACUGCUCUUUAUUGUGUGUUCCACAUUAUUGUGCAGAGGGAGAUCUGGAUUAUAUUUAAAGAUGUCUCAAAAUCUUGAAUAGACUGUUAAAAGACCAAGUAACAAAAGCGCUCAGUCCCCCCCAGUCUUUAACCUCUACAAAGCUCUUGCCAACUCCAUCUUUCUUCCCUACAAGGAUCUCUGUCCUCUUAAUCUUGAAAGGAUUUCACCUCUCUGCUCCAUCUGAGGUGAUUUGAGCUCUCUAUCUCCAAACUCAUGAAUACACAAUAACAGGGUGGUGCUCAAUGAAUGCCAAGGACUUGCCAAUAUGUAUUUGAAUAGUUCAAGCUAUAUACUGCGUAUUUAAACUCAUCUACAGUCAGGACUUUAGAGCACUGCUAUGUCAUAAAUAUAGAGGCUCUGCUUUUUUGCUGAUGAUGGGUUUGUACAGAAUACAUUAGAUAUCAAGAGUCUACACUCUGCAACACUGCCAAUUUGACCGUAAAGCACCAACUAUGUAAUAACACUGUCAAUGCAAAGCCAUGGUAGAGAGAAGUCACUUCUCAUUGGAUUUGUCAAAGAUGUAGAAAACAAACUACAGGUUAAGCUACAAUUACAUGACUCAUGCACAGUUGUGUGGUGACAAAUCAGUACAUGCAGAUGCACACUUACAAGUUAGGUUUUCCACUGUCUCUUUAGUAGAUGCACUGUACAAGACUCUUACCCUCUUAAACUGAACAUCCUGUGUAAAGAUGGCCGCAUGUACAAAGUUGUCUUCUUACUUUGAACAAUGUGUAUUAUUUGUAUAUGAAACAUUUGGUGGGGUGUGUUCAUCCCAAAGUUGAAUAGAUCAUACUGUAUAGAUAGGAUAUAUACUGUAUAAGAUGUAUUAUAUAUUUUGUAAUCAUUGACAUCCUUGUGGUUGUUUAUAGUAAUGUCGAGUGAUCAGAUUUUACUGUUCUACUGUAAUUCUACUGUCAAAGUCUCUUUUUCAAAUAAGUGAUAUCCAGUCCAGUUAUAAACAAAACUUUUACAGUUUCACUGCAUCAUAUCAUCAGUUAAAGACUUGCCUGCUUGCUUCCCUGAGUUCACACAGCAAAUCAUGAAGGGCAUUUAUGUCAGGCUUUAGUUCACCUGCCUAUUUCUGGCUGUAUAAGUGACAGUGGGGAGGCUUGGCUGACCAGCAGGGGAAGGAGUUGUAAGUGGGUUUUCAUCGGGACCUCGAUCUGUUUGAGACACGUGGGGGGAAAAUGCUAAUGUGAUAAAGACCUUGCAGAUUGGAACAAAGGUCAUAAUGAAACUGAGUCAGAGAGGACAAGGAGUUGAGGCAUUCUAGGGAUGACACUGUCACAACAAAGGGCUGGAUGCUAGCUGGUAACAAUACAUGCCACGUGUACUGUAAGACAGGUGUGCAACAUUUUGUAAAAGUUUGGAGAAGUGGGUUCUGAAGGAAAUUUCAAUAUGCAGGAUUAAGAUGUAAUUAUUUAAUUUGGGAUCAAAAAAUUGUGUUUUACUAUAACAAAGAGUGUUUCUAUAUUCCCUCAUAUAACAAGCAUAAUUGUCUAUUCAUAUGCUGAUGAAUACAAUUUGUAUUUGAGAAUGUAAUACAAUGUUGUUGUUUAUUUUUGUUCUUUCACAUGAAUUUGCAGUCAUGUCAACUGAAAACGACAUUCAUGCAAAUGUGUCGGUUUUGGGGCCUUGUACAACAUCUGUGGUAGUUUCCAUACCACACUACACUAUAUAUUAAAAUCCAGAAACUAGAGGCACUAAAUCCAGUUUCCAUCCAGUGAGAAAACAAGUGACUUGUUUUUACCAGUUACACUGCAUGGUGUAUCUCUUGAUCUGUGGGUCCAUCCCUGAGAACCAGUACCACCAGUUGAGACAUCAGCCCUUCCUGUUUGGCUUCAACUACUUCAUUUUUAACUGUGUUACUCUGCUGCACUCUGUUGGCUGUAGAUGGCAUUGAAUUCUACUCUGUGGCCUCAUCAACUGUAAGACUCAACAGUAAACAGUUUAUUCCAUUUCCCUAAAGGCAAUUAUGGAAUUGAUGGAGGGCUGACCUGGAUCCAGUAGUACUGGAAGUGGAAUGAAUUUCGUGUUACAACUAAUAUAACAUUCCUCACGCAGCAAAGCCUCCCCCUCUACUUCUUCUGCCGCUUAUAACGUGUGGUUGAAACUGGAAAAAUAAUCGAGCGUCAUCCCAUGUUACAUCAUUUAGUGUUCACCCAUAUAUACUGUACAACUAAUUUUACAAACACAACAUUUAAUAAUGAACUGUGAAUAUGUUGAUGGACUGAUUUGACAUAAGUUAAACUUCUCUGUGAUUUGAAUAUGUAAACAAUUCAGUCAUUUUUUUCCAUUGUCCUUUGCUGAAUUCAUCCUGUAAAUAUGGAAACCAUUGUGUCUGGAAAUUGUGCUAGACUGUUUUGUAUUGUAUUGUUUUAUAAAAAAAAAAUGAAACACACUGUUUAUAAAGCAUGCUAUAUUAUCUGCUAUGAUGAUGUCUCGUCCCCUGUCCCAUUUUUAUAGCAGUUAUCUGGUCUCUCAACCCUUAUGGUGGCAGUCUGAGAUGCUGAUUGAGAGUCUAAAUGACACCUGUGACCCUGUCACUGUGAGAUUUUGUUUUGCAGAUUUUAUUUUUGGUCUGUUUUCCCAGGAUUUUGUCCUGCCCUAGUUCAUUUUAAUACGACGUACUGCAUACACUGUAUGAGGAGGGUUAUUAUUGUUCAUUUUCUAUGCAUUCAUCAAAACACAAGUUACAAAAAUAAUAAAAUUUUGUGAGCAGAAAAAAAA